AGGUCGGAGCCGAGAAGACUCAUCGAGAGGGCGUCGGUGGGGCCAUGGAGAACGAAUACACAUAUGAAGAUUAUCAGAACACUGCAGAAUGGCUUCUGUCUCACACCAAGCACCGACCUCAAGUGGCAGUGAUCUGUGGUUCUGGAUUAGGCGGUCUUAGUGAUAAAUUAACUCAUGCCCAGAUCUUUGACUACAGUGAGAUACCCAACUUUCCCCAAAGUACAGUGCCAGGUCAUGCUGGUCGACUGGUGUUUGGAUUCCUGAAUGGCAGGGCCUGUGUGAUGAUGCAGGGCAGGUUCCACAUGUAUGAAGGGUAUUCACCGUGGAAGGUGACAUUCCCCGUGAGGGUUUUCCACCUUCUGGGUGUGGACACCCUGGUGGUCACCAAUGCAGCUGGAGGUCUUAACCCCAAGUUUGAGGUUGGAGAUAUCAUGCUGAUCCGUGAUCACAUCAACCUACCUGGUUUCUGUGGUCAGAACCCUCUCAAAGGGCCUAAUGAUGAAAGAUUUGGAGUUCGUUUUCCUGCCAUGUCUGAUGCCUAUGACCGGACUAUGAGACAGAAGGCUCUCAGUACCUGGAAACAAAUGGGAGAGCAGCGAGAGCUACAGGAAGGCACCUAUGUCAUGUUGGCAGGCCCCAACUUUGAGACUGUGGCAGAGUGUCGUCUGCUGCAGAAGCUGGGGGCAGAUGCUGUUGGCAUGAGCACAGUACCAGAAGUUAUAGUUGCACGGCACUGUGGACUUCGAGUCUUUGGCUUCUCACUGAUCACUAACAAGGUCAUCAUGGAUUAUGAAAGCCUAGAGAAGGCCAAUCAUGAGGAAGUAUUAGAGACCGGGAAACAAGCUGCUCAGAAAUUGGAACAGUUUGUCACCAUUCUUAUGGCCAGCAUCCCACUCUCUGAUAAUACUAGUUGACCUGCCCUAAAGUCUGGCAUCUCCCACAUGAGAUCCAAGUUGCUGCUACCUAUUUUGGCCCUCUGCUGGUAUCAUGUGCCUCUGCCCUUAGGUAGUAGGUAAAAGGAGAGGACGACUCCUAUCCUUCAACUUCCCCACUAUCUACCACUAAACCUUUCUGGUGCCAGGACCUCUUUUGCUCAGUGUCUUCUAAAGUGGUUUCCACCCCUGUUCUCCCCCAAGAGUUGGAGCCCAUGCCCUACCACAUGCCCAGGAUUUGACUCGGGCCUUUGAACUUUAUACAGUAGCUACUACUAAUGUUUUGAAGUCAUACUCUCACAUUCCUGGGCACUCAGUUCUGCCUCACCUAAAGCACUGGAGACGAAAUAAGGACCAGCCCAAUACCUCUUGGACUUUAUUUAACACCAUAAUGUUUUGAGAAUAAAGAGAAAGAUGAAAUAA